AGGGGCGCUAUGAUCGAAACUGAAGCGGAAGAUACGUGCGGCCUUUAGUAGGUAGCAAGUAUUUUAUUUAGUCCCUUUAACAGCGCGAUAACAUUUCACUUCAUUAUCGUCCUUUACCAUGUCUGGACUAGAUGUCACCGUAUUUCCACACGACUUUGCGUGGGGAGCUGCGACUGCUGCUUAUCAAAUAGAAGGUGGCUGGAAUAUGGAUGGUAGAGGCCCCAGCAUAUGGGACACAUUCUGCCAUGCCAAAGGAGGGGUGUUUGAAGACCAUACUGGAGAUGUAGCCUGUAACAGCUAUCAGCUCUGGGAAGAGGACCUGAAAUGUAUCCAGCAGCUGGGACUCACCCAUUACCGUCUGUCCUUAUCCUGGUCACGGCUUCUUCCCGACGGAACCACAAAUCAUGUCAAUCCAAAAGGAGUGGCCUAUUAUAACAAAGUGAUCGACGACUUGAUUGCUUGUGGUGUGACGCCCAUGAUCACAUUAUACCACAUGGACUUACCACAGGCCUUGCAGGAUCUCAGCGGAUGGAGCUCGACAGAGAUUGCAGACAUCUUUGAAAGUUAUGCCAGGUUUUGCUUUAAGUCCUUUGGGGACAGAGUGAAGCUCUGGAUCACACUGAACGAGCCCUAUGUUUGUGCCAAGCUGGGCCAUGAGGACGGGACCUUUGCCCCUGGGAUCAAAGAUCCAGGAAUAUCAGUCUACUUGGCGGGUCAUAACAUGCUGCGCGCCCACGCCAAAGCCUGGCAUACUUAUAAUACUCAUUUCAAGCCUUUACAAGCAGGGCGAGUAUCUCUUGCCCUGAACAGUGACUGGGCAGAGCCGUCGGACCCGGGCUCUCCUAAAGAUGCUGCAGCCACUGAGCGCUACAAGGAUUUCACUCUGGGCUGGUUUGCCUGUCCUGUGUUUUGCACAGGAGAUUACCCAGAGUCCAUGAGGGCCAGGAUUGAAUCUAGGAGCUUGGGUCUGGGAUGCAAGCAGGGCUCAAGGCUACCACGUUUCUCAAAAGAUGAGCCCUCUCCUCUGGGCACGGCAGAUUUCUUUGCACUGAACUAUUAUACGUCUCGGAAAGUAAAAGAUUUAAAUGGUGGUAGUAAGAAGAGCGAGCUCAGUUUUGUGGGAGAUCAGGGGGCAGAGGGUGUUGUUGACCCAUCGUGGCCCAUAUGUGGGGUGCACUGGUUGGCUGUUGUUCCUGAUGGAUUGCGGAAAUUGCUAAAAUAUAUAAAGGACACGUACACCAGUCUGCCCAUUUAUAUCACAGAAAAUGGCUUUUCCCAGAUGGGGCCGGUUCAGAUUGAAGAUACGGACCGUUGCCAGUUCUAUCAGGACACUCUGCAGGAAGUUGGCAAAGCUAUCAGUCAAGAUCGAGUGAAUGUAAAGGGAUAUUUUGCCUGGUCUCUGCUGGAUAACUUUGAGUGGAAUGAUGGCUACAGUGUGCGCUUCGGCCUGUUUCAUGUGGAUUUCUCUGCACCUGAGCUGAAGCGCACCAUUUACGGCUCAGGUAGAGAGUAUGCUGCUGUGAUAUCCAAACACCGCUCUCAAACCAAACCCAAGAGCAUUUAAUUCCUAACAUAUUAAAUCAACAUAAUAUUACACUUGAAGAAAUGACAUCUAAUGUAAAUUCCAUAAUUCUAUUUUUGGGAGAUUAAAUAAUGAUGAGCCUAACAGUAUCAAAAGUGCUUUCUCUACAGUGUUGUUUGCUGUAGAAUCACACAGUACUAUAAAAAAUUUUGUUAAAUUGAAGUUUGAUGUUCAGGGGCUCUUGACCAUUUAGUAUGACGCAAGAAAACUAUUCUUGUAUGGAAUUGUGCACCGAAAGAAUGCAUAAUCAGGAAAAAAAAAAUUUAAUAUGGUGACUUGGAAAAAGAUUGAUUGACCACGAAUUCCCUGUAGAGAAGUCAUCAUAGAUGAAUUUAUAACAUACAACGAGAAUAAGGUUUCAGUUCCAAUGUUUUGUUGAUAUACACUGCCUCUGUGUGGCCCAAAGUGGUAUUAUACUUGGCACAGCAUUUUGUGCUGGUAUAUUGGCUUGCAUUGCUUUAUGUGCAUUAAACAAACCUAAUGGUGUAAGAUGACAGCAUGUAUGAGAUAUUAAUGUAACAAUUUACAUGUAGUAAUUUACAUGAGGCCAUGUAAUAUACAUGCAAACUGAAGUUGCGUUGAUUGGGUUGCACAUGUAAUUACUUUUGGGAAUGUGGUUAUGCUGAACCUAAUGGCAGCCCUGAACUCCCAAGGGAGUAAAUGACUGCAGAAAUUAUGGUUCUGUUCUAAUUAUUGACCCUGGAACAGACAUUAUUGCGUCAUCUAAAUGCAUAAUAUGAGAUCACAAAUCUUUAAAACGAGAUCUUACAGACAAUUCUUUGUGGGGGAGAUUAAAUAUUGAAAUAUUAACAUUUGAAUUAUUAUCUUGUAGAAUGUUUGAGCGGUAUUUUUCCAAACUGUGUUGUUCAGUCUAUUUGAAUCAGAGCACAACAUUGUGAGCUAUUUUUAAUCCACAUGUUCCAGUCUGGGUGGCAAAUAUAUUAUUUCAAACAGAAUGUUUCUUGACUCUGAAUUAGUGCAUUUAAUUGUAACAUUCAAUUAUUUUCACUGAUGGGCGUUUUUACAGAUGACAAAUUAAUCGAGGCACAAUUUUACUGGACUGUACUUGUUAUAUUUUGACAGACCUUAUGAAAUAUUCAGUAACAAGGGAACUCAUUAGAUUAAUAUAAAUUAAAUGAAUAAUUUAGCUGCUAAUUAACUAUUUCUAAUAUGAAGGGGCCUAUAUUCAAAACCUGGGUCAUGUGUCUCAGUCCUAGAACAGGGUUGUUAAAACAGGGAAAUAUCUUAGAAUUUGUGAUUUUCAGGCUGGACAAAGUCAUGGCAAUUAGCAAAACUCUGAAGCAUUUUUUUCUAGUUAUAUAUACUUUUCUAGUAUAUAUAUAU